AAAAAAAAAAAAAAAAAUGGAAAUAACGGCGCGCCAUAAUUGUCUACGAAACAGUACAAAAUUAAUAUGGUUAAACAAAAUUGAAAAAGAAAAAUGUCGAGAACCUUAAAACCUGGUUAAAAGUUUAAAAAAUUAACAAUUUUAGGACGACGUUUCGAUAUUCCCUUAACUUCAUUAUCGAGUUAUAACAAAGAUGAUUAAAAUUGUGUGCGAAUGCAACACAAUCUACAAGUAGAACAGAUAACAAGAAACUUUCAACUUGACCACACUAUCCGUCAAAAUAAAAAAUUCCCCACCUACCUACCUGAUCAAUUAUCUAACAUUUUCCCGGGGUCCACCUACAACCUAAUCCCCAGGGUCUUCUCCACUUUUAAAAAUGGCGGGUGCGAGCGUAGCUGAACCAAAUCCCUGUUCAUACGAGUGCGCUGAUUGGUAAGAUUUUCGGAGAAAUAAAGCUACAAAGCAAAAUAUGAAAUCCAUGAUACAGGGUGAUAACAAGCAGCAACGUACGAGUCCGUGGAGGUCUCUAAAAAUGUAGGAACGGUGCCAGAGAAAUACAAGCGAAAACAAGAGAAGACAGAAGCAGAAGAAAACAAGAAAAUGCAAGACAGUACAGCGGAAUACAGGGGAAUAGAAGAGAAUAAAAGAGAAUACUGGGGAAUAAAAGAGAAUACAGUGGAAUAAAAGAGAAUAAAAGGGGAUAAAAGAGAAUACAGGGGGAAUACAAGAGAAUACAAGAAAAUACAGGAGAACAAAGGGGAAUACAAGAGAAUACAGGUGAACACAAAAGAAUACAAGAAAUUACAGGGAAUACAAGAUAAUAGAGGAAUACAAGAAAAUACAAGGGGAUAGAGGGACAUAGGCGUACGGGCACUUUCGGACUUGAGGGGUGGGGGGCGGUGACUUUCUUACUCGAAAAAUUUACACAAUGCUCGAAUGCGAGAGUGCUAAAAUCGGGAUGCAAACACACUCAAAUUGCCUAGAAAACAAAAACGUACACAAUUCCAUUUUAUUUAUGAGUUUUGGAAAUCACACAAACAGCAUUAUUUUGUAAUGUUUUCUCUUAAGUGUCGUUGCCCGAAUCAUCAGCGUUUUGCCCGAAAAAUUACAUAUUUCCGUGGCUGGGGGUCUUCAACCCCCCUCGCCCCCCUCCAGCUCGUGCGCCUAUGUACAGGGGAAAACAAGAGAAAAUAGGGAAAUACAAGAGAAUACGGGGGAAUACAAGAGAAAACAGGGAAAUACAAAAGAAUACAGGGGAAUACAAGAGAAUAUAGGAGAAUACAAGAGAAUACAGGGGAAUGCAAGAGAAUACAAGGACUACAAGGGAAUGCAGGGGAAUACAUGAGAAUACAGGGGAAUACAAGAGAAUACAGGAGAAUACAGGGGAAUAGAAGAGAAUACAGGGGAAUUCAAGAGAAUACUGGAGAAUACAUGAGAAUACAGGGGAAUACGAGAGAAUACAGGUGAAUACAAGAGAAUGCAAGGGGAUACAAGAGAAUACAAGGGAAUACAUGAGAAUACAAGGAAAUACAAGAGAACACAGGAGAAUAAAAGAGAAUACAGGGGAAUACAGAGGGAUAUAUGGGGGAAUAAUGGCGGAAUAAAAGAGAAUAUAUAGGAAUACAUAAGGGAAUAUAAGAGAAUAGAUAAGGAGGAAUGUAGGGAAGAACAGGGAAUUCGAGAGAAUUAACAAGAAGUUCCAAAUACACUAUAAUAGCCUAUACCAGAACUAUUAUAAGGGAUAUAUGAAGUAGGCCUAGGGUUCGUAUAGUAUACAAAAAGUGCUGGGCGUUCUGUGGAUUUUACGCAAAUAAUUCACAGAUAAGGGACUGAGCACGAUAGGUAUUUUGUCGACAUUGUGUGGCGCGAAAGUUGUCCUUCACGGCCGUGCAACUUCAUUCGGCUUUCAGCUUGCAGGUACUCGGUUGGCGUGUGGAGCUAGAUAUUACUCAUGGAGAAGAGAUUGGAGGACAAUUUUUCAGACAUUUGUCAUGAACUUCUUCAAAACCCUAAGGAAGGUUCAGUAAGGAAAUUUUCUGAUUACAUGACAGAGGAGUUAAAAUCAGGACGUAUCAACCAGCUGUCUCAAAGUUUCAAGAACAUUACUGAUGCCAUCGGGGACCUUAGUGAGACAGGAAACUCUACUCUGGAACAGCUCUUUAGCUUGGAUCUUCAUUUGAUUAUACGAUUCAUUUUUAAUACACUAGUUGAUCAUGACGUUUACAAGACAGAUGCAGUGGAGUCGUUGCUUUCAUUGCUUCUGUUUUUAAGGACUAUAUGUGAAAAGUCUUGGUCAGGCAAGGAUAAAUUGGUUUCAAUUGUUCCAGUGCUGCUUCAUGACAUCAUUGUGAAUGUGGAAAGAGGCAUUCCUUUGAGAAUUGAGGCUGUGAAACUAACAAAUAUGAUUCUUGGGGAUGUAGUAAAUGAUGAAGUGGAUUCAACAGAUGUUGUCAGCUUGGCAUUUAAAGAAUUAGAGGAUAACAUGGAACAUCUCAUUGGAACAGCUGGAGAUUUUGAACUUCAAGCAGGAAUGGUUGAGCUUAUUUUCCGUCUCAUCCCAGGCGACACUAGGCACAAGAAGGCUCGGGAGUAUUUUAGCUGUGAUUUAGUGUCUUCCGCUUUUUGUGAUAUCACCAGUCCAGAAUUUGAAGCAGGUUGCCGAAACUUUCUCAACACUUUAAACCAAAGUCAAAAGGAAAAUCAAAGUCUGAUGCUCAUGGCUAAUGGAUACAUGUCUCUUGCUAACAGUUGCACUCUCCGUUCUAACGACCUGAUGCUUAACGCUUUUGCCCGUCUAAUGGAUAACCAUUAAGGUUUUGUGGAAAAUGGCUCAAGAUUGGUGUUGGCAUACGCUAAACAGAUGUGUCCGCUGAGUGCAAGUUUAUUUUACAGUAAAUGUGCGAAGAACAUUUUGGGACUUCAGCUGGUGUCCACUUAAUAGAGGUUGUCCGCCUAUUAUGGAGUCUGCUUAAUACAGGUUUCACUGUAAUAAUAAAAAGCAAUAAACUAGUAGUAAUAGAAGAUUAUGAGUGCAUUCGUUGUCUACGCAGGUGAUUAGCUUAACCCUUUGCUUUCUAAGAGUGCCAUUUGGCACACAACAUCAUAACUUUGUGAAUAUUUGAGAGAUUUCUAUGAAUUUUUUCCAUAAAGAUCUGCUCAUUGAAGACAUAAAAUUGUGACCCCCUCCUAUCUAAGAUAUGGUUGACCACCCCCAUAAUUUUACAAUUUCAUUUUUGAGAUGCACAUGGAAUGCAGGACUUGUUUUGCAUCAAGUUAUGAAGACCUGCUAAAUAAGCUACAGUUUUGGAUCAUACCUAUGAUAUUUGAGAAUUGAUAUGUGUUGGAAGCUUUUCAUUUUCACAUUUCGGAACAAUGUCUCUCAAAAUGACUACCUCCUUCAUAGUUGCUGAUGUCAGUUCUUAAGUAAGCUGAUCAGUGGCUUUCAAAUGGUGUAUUGUUAGGCAGAGAGCCUUUAUUUGCUGAUUUAGGAAAAACUGUUGUUUGCCUUAGGGGGUAAAGGAUUAAAUAGCUGUCUGUUGCUGAAAUCAUUAUCUUUGUGAACAGCUUAAGUUUUAUAGACAGAUGUAACAAUGACAAAGUCCGCUAUUUGUCUGUAGAUUACAGUCAAACCUCUGAAAAGCAGCCACUCUGGGGACGAGACAACUGGUUGCUUCUUAGUGGUAUAAAACAAAAAAUCACCCUUGGGACGGCAAGAAGCUGACUGCGGCUGUUUAACAGAGGUGGCUGUGGAAUAGAGGUUUUUAUUACAGUGCAUAGCUGACAAUUUUUUCUGGGAUUUUGGCUGCUGGCAGCCAAAUAAAAGUUAGCUGCUUAAGGUGGCUCAACACAGUUUUAGAUACCUGUGUUUCAUUCACCUUUUUCUCUAAAUCCUUGAUCCCUUG